UAGAUUUCUUUAGUUUAACAGCUUUAAUAACUUACAACGGCAUAGUCAAAUAAAAAGCAAGUAUCGCGUAUAAUAAUACAUAUAGUGUGUAUAUGUAUGGAUGAGAAAAAAAAAUAACUUUUUUUUAAAGUAAAUUUUCAAAUCAGGUUCAUCAAUAUGGAAAUCUGAAAUAUGCAUAAACACUUUUUAAGUUUGGCAGAUAAGAUAAGCCAAAGUCUGCGCGUGAAUUAUGAUUAGUGAUAAAUAAUAUUAAGACAAAUUAAAGAUUGCUGUGGUACAGCCAACGUGAAAGUUUUAUUCCAAAGCAAACAUGUCGGAAAUUGGAGAUCUCAAUGCUACAAAAGUGGCAGCAACAAGAGAAUGGAUAGAGCAGCAGGAGCAACUUGGCCAACCGGAAAUAGAGGAGGAUGAUACUUCGUCCAUAGCGGAAUCUUCAAUAAUUUCCAGCAGUGAAGGAGACUAUGUAACAGAAGCUGAAGAGGAUUUUGAUCUAACGAAUAAUACAUUAACUACUACAGUAUUGGGCAGUCAGUAUACGCCCACGGAUAUGUCUGUGGUAAUAGAAAAUCUGCGACAAUUGCUCAAUUCUAUAAAUAGUGUACAGACAUUGGAAAAUGUGCAUAUUGAAAAUUCUUCAAAUGUCUCCAUCGGUAACGUCACAAACAUUAAUGGCAAUAUACAGAUAAUACAGCGCAUUAAAAAACAACUGCCGCUCACAACGCGACAAAAUUCUACCACCAAAAACAACAAUGAUUCGCCAAUAACACCCGUUAGUGAGGAGCAAGAGGAGCGCGUCAGACGAGAUGCAUUUAUCGACCGCAUAAAAUAUAAAAUACCUAAAGAGUUAUGUGCCGUUAUUCCGAGGAGCACUUGGCUUGCCCAAAAGCCCAUGGAGGAGUAUGAUUACAUAGAAGAGCCGGUGAAGUUAGUGAUUGUAGCGCAUACCGCGACUGAGAGCUCGGAGAAGCAAGCGAUAAAUGUGCGCAUAAUACGAGACAUACAGUGCUUUCACAUCGAAUCACGCGAAUGGAACGAUAUCGCAUACAACUUUCUAGUUGGUUGUGAUGGCAAUGUUUACGAAGGUCGCGGAUGGGGUGUGGUGGGUGCUCACACAAUUGGCUAUAAUUCAAAAUCCAUGGGUAUUUCAUUUAUUGGCUGUUUCAUGCGGCAAUUACCCACUAAAGCUGCGCUGAAUGCUUGCAAAAACUUUUUGAAACGAGGUGUCGAGGAAGGCCAUCUGGCACCAGAUUACAAACUUAUUGCGCACUGUCAGUGUCGUUCGACAGAGAGCCCAGGCCGUAAGCUGUAUGAAGAGUUGCAAACUUGGGAACAUUUCUACAAUAUCGGCGAAGAGGAAGACAAUGAAUAAUAUGCAACAUGAUAAAAUAAAUUUAAGGAACCAAACAAACUUCGGAGCUGUGCACGUCACCAUUAAUUGCCAGAAUUGAUUUGAAUAAUUACACUCUCUCUAUUUACCAUAAACUUUAAAUAUUGUCGGUUUACACUAAUAUCUACUUGCAUAUAAUGCAUAUCAUGUACCUAAGAUUUUUUGAUAUAAUAAAAUAAUAUUUUUUUUCAUUUGUA